AUGAUACUGCAGCAGCCCCUAGAGCGAGGCCCCUCGGGUCGGGCCCAGCGCGACUCCCGGGCUGCCUCAGGGCUGCCUCGGAGCUUGGACGCGAGCCCCCCUCUCCGAGCUGUGCCCAUGAGCACCAAGCGGCGCCUGGAGGAGGAGCAGGAGCCCCUGCGCAAGCAGUUCCUGUCCGAGGAGAACAUGGCCAGCCACUUCUCUCGGCUCAGCUUGCACAACGACCACCCCUACUGCAGCCCCCCCAGGGCCUCCCCCCCAGCCCUGCCCCCACUCAGGAGCCCUUGCUCUAAGCUGCUGCUUUGGCGCUACCCUGGGAAUCUGAUCCCCGAGGCUCUCCGGCUGCUGCGGCUGGGAGACACCCCCACCCCCCACGACCCUGUUACCCCAGCUGGAGACACAAUGGAGUUGUGA